CAAAUGGAUCCAACGCAUAGCCCGGGAAGUUGACGACCGCCUCUGAAACCGCAACGGCUCGUGCUCCACCACUCCGUCCGUCGAAGUCGAAGGCCGCCUUUCCAUCUUAACGAAACGGCGCUGCCUCCCCCGUCCGAUCAACACCGCAGUGCUACCACCCGUCUCAUCUUAUCUCGAUCACCAGGGGCAGUUUAGGAAAUUUGAAGGAUACUGCUGGGCACACGUUAUAUUUACCGAUGUGCCACUUGUUCACCUCUCCCCCAUGCCCUUCCCGGCGUUCCUCCGCCGUUUCCGUCUCACUCGCUUCGUCGUCCGCCUACGCUUCUUCGCCAUGGCUGCCACUUCCUCGUCCGACCGUGACAUAACCCCUGCCACGACCCGGGUCGGCUGGAUCGGGACCGGCGUCAUGGGCCGGUCCAUGGCUGGCCAUCUCCUCUCCGCUGGCUACUACCUCACCGUCUUCAAUCGGACCCCCGCCAAGGCCCAGCCCCUCCUUGACCGUGGCGCCAAGCUCGCCAGCUCGCCCGCCGCCGUCGCGCGCGCCAGCGACGUCGUCUUCCUUAUCGUCGGCUACCCCUCCGACGUCCGCCGUGUUGCCCUCGAUCCGUCCGAUGGAGCCCUCGCUGGCUUAGCCCCGGGCUCUGUCCUCGUCGACAUGACCACCAGCGACCCUGCUCUCGCGGCCGAGAUCGCCGAGGCCGCCCGCGUGGGGUCCUGCGCCGCGAUCGAUGCGCCGGUGUCAGGCGGCGACCGCGGGGCGCGCGCCGGGACCCUGUCGAUCUUCGCUGGAGGAGACGAGGCCGUCGUCCGGAGGCUGGAGCCUCUGUUCGGGUGCAUGGGGACGGUGAGGUACAUGGGAGAGCCAGGGCAAGGGCAGAGAGCGAAGCUUGGGAACCAGAUUGCAAUAGCAUCGACGAUGGUAGGGUUGAUGGAAGGGAUGAUGUACGCUCACAAGGCCGGGCUUGACGUGGGGCGGUGGUUGGAGGCCAUAUCCACGGGCGCGGCAGGGUCGAAAUCGCUCGAUCUCUAUGGCAAGAGGAUUUUGGACAGGGACAUGGAAGCUGGGUUCUACGUGCAUCACUAUGUGAAGGAUCUCGGAAUCUGUUUGAAGGAAUGCCAGAGCAUGGGAUUGGCAUUGCCAGGUUUGGGGUUGGCGCAUCAGCUGUAUGUCUCGCUCAUGGCGCAUGGGGAAGGGGAAUUAGGGACCCAGGCGUUGAUUUUGGCCAUAGAACGACUCAACAACACCUGCCUCAAAGGAGGGCCAAGCUCAGGAUCAGCAUGAAACUCUGGUAUUCAAUAAAGUUACUUAUUCCUUCUAAUCCUGUUUAGGUUGCUUUCACGUUAAAACUGUCGUUAGUCAGCUAAAUUUGCGAUCUACAUAUCUAUCAUAUGCCAAUUUGCUCUUUGUUUUUCUGCCAAACUGGAUAUGUUAUGUGCUUGUUUGGUUCUGUUGUCGUUGAUGUUUGGCAAUGAAUUAUCACCGCGCUCUUGAAUGCA